UGCAUGCGCCAUUAGAUGAGCGCGGGGAACGACGAAACACAACAAUCCUUUUUUCGUCAGAUCUGAUCCAAAAAACAGCCAACCAAGACUGCUAAAGAGUUCCAGCACCAUGGCAGAUGAUUUUGACAUUGAGGCCAUGCUUGAGGCUCCAUACCGCAAGACUUGCCUAACGAUAUCUCACCUCUACUUCCAUGAAUUCCAGUGUGAUCUGUCAAAAAAUGAAGGAUGACAUCAAGCCCAGUAGUCCUAACGGACACGAGGAGCGGAGCAAGAAGAAGAAGCGUAGCCGUAGCCGAGAGAAGAGGAGGAGCCGGAGCGGGGAGAGGAAGAAGAGCCACGACAGGAAGAGGAGUCGCAGCCGCGAGCGCAAGAGGAGCCGCAGCAAGGAGCGCCGUCGCUCACGGAGCCGGGAGCGCGGCGGGCGCUACCGAGACCACAAGACCUCCUUCGCUGGGCCCAAAUUUAACGGUGGUUCCAGAGGCAAGAUUGGCCCUCCAGCUGCCAUCAAACUAAGUCGUAGGCGCUCAAGAAGCAGAAGCCCUUUCAAGAAGGACAAGAGUCCAGUCAGGCAGCCCAUAGACAACCUGACCCCGGAGGAGAGAGAUGCACGCACCGUGUUCUGCAUGCAGCUGGCCGCCCGGAUACGACCCAGAGACCUGGAGGAGUUCUUCUCUGCCGUGGGCAAAGUGCGAGACGUCCGCAUGAUCUCAGACAGGAACUCCCGGAGGUCAAAGGGCAUCGCCUACAUCGAGUUUGUGGAGGCCAACUCUGUCCCCCUGGCCAUCGGCCUGUCUGGUCAGAGACUGCUGGGUGUCCCCAUCAUCGUCCAGGCCUCACAGGUAAUGGCGGAGAAGAACAGAGCCGCCGCCAUGGCCAACAACCUGCAGAAGGGCAACACGGGGCCUAUGAGGCUGUACGUUGGCUCCCUGCACUUCAACAUCACAGAGGAGAUGCUGAGGGGGAUCUUCGAGCCUUUCGGAAGGAUAGAGAGUAUCCAACUGAUGAUGGACAGCGAGACAGGCCGUUCUAAAGGAUAUGGAUUCAUCACGUUUGCGGAUGCCGAGUGCGCCAAGAAGGCCCUGGAGCAGCUCAACGGCUUCGAGCUGGCGGGCCGGCCCAUGAAGGUGGGUCACGUGACGGAGCGCACCGACGCCUCCAACGCCAGCUCCUUCCUGGACAGCGAUGAGCUGGAGCGCACCGGCAUCGACCUGGGCACCACCGGGCGGCUGCAGCUCAUGGCCCGCCUGGCUGAGGGUACUGGUCUUCAGAUCCCCCCUGCUGCUCAGCAGGCCCUCCAGAUGAGUGGAGCCAUCGCUAUAGGAGCCAUGGCUGCCGUCUCAGCUGCCAUGAACCCAGGGAUGAACAUGAACAUGAAUAUGAACAUGAACCAGGGCAUGAACACGGCCAUGAAUCUGCCCUCCCAGCCUCUCGCCACCCACUGCUUCCAGCUGUCCAACAUGUUCAACCCACAGAAUGAGGACACCCCAGGGUGGGAUAUGGACAUCCAGCACGACGUCAUCGAGGAAUGUAACAAACAUGGUGGAGUUGUUCACAUAUACGUUGACAAGAACUCCACUGAGGGUAACGUGUAUGUGAAGUGUCCCACAAUUCCUGCUGCCAUGGCAGCCGUCAACGCCUUACACGGGAGAUACUUUGCUGGCAAGAUGAUCACGGCGGCCUACGUCCCACUCCCAACCUAUCACAACCUGUUUCCUGACUCUGUAACGGCCACUCAGCUCCUGAUCCCGCCCCCUCGCCGAUGAUCUCAUCUCUACUCUGCCCCGCCCCCCCCUCUGCGAUCUGAUUGGACACUGUACCUUAUCAAAAUGUCCCUCUCUUUUUUUCUUUUUUUUCUUCUAUUUCUCAAGUUUCGACAUCUCGUCUGUACGUGCUGUUGAUUUUUCAGUCCUGCAGGUUCUGACAGUGUUUUCCUUUGAUGUUACUAGAUGUCGAGUUAUGUUUUAGGUUUCCUCUUCAGCUGGGAUUAGAGGGGCAGGUUCUGAAGGCGUCAGGCGGGCGUGUUCUGACGAAGAAGUCUGACCCCCUGAGGGGAGGAGCUUAGAUGCUCUGAGGAGGAAGUGGGCGGAUUCUAUGACCAUUUUAUCUUUUUUUUUUCUAAGUUUAUUCUUGUGGAUAACAACAUUGUCUUGUGCUUGAUAGCUUCGAUGGGCAUGUUUUUUUCCAGAGGAGGUGCUGAACAGGAGACACAACCUGGUCACAGCGAGAGGAGGGGUUCCUCCCCUUAGAGAAAAGCAUUUCGGUUUCUCCUCCAGCACCAGAAUAUUCUCCAAUGAUUAAGCUCCAUGAGCUGUGGAACUGUAGUGACUGGUAACUCAUUGUGCUCAUAUAUAGAGAGAGAGACCAUUUGGUAUUUAAGUAUCUGUUUUCUAAUCAAGAUUUGUUUUUGUAAAGACCUUGAUUAAAAUUUUAUUUUAAAGUCA